UAAUUAGAUCUGUGCCAUUAUAAUUUCCACGUUUCUGAAGGAUGCCAUUACUAUUUGACUUACUAUGCCAGUGCCAUUACAAUUUUGCACUUGUUUGAAGCAUGCCAUUUUGUACGCCCGACGCCGUCCGUGGCCCACCUGCAGGCGUACUCGAGGCCCUCGUAUAUUCGUAUGGACGCUUAUGCCCUCCCCUCCAAAGGAUAAGACCGCCGACACCUUCCUGUCGUCGUCUUGCUCAGUCCUCUUGUUCCUCACUUCUCUCCCCAACCGUCGAUGACUGCCGGCGGCUCUUCUCCCUUGCCCAUCGCCGGCGGCUCUUCUCCCUUGCCCAUCGCCGGCGGCCACUGGAGAUGAAGAGCACCACAUCCUCAAGGUCGACCCAGAUUGGUGACCUCCCAAGGAUCGAGUGCCCUAGGUGCCACAUCAAGGUGAUUAGAACCAAGAGCAGGAAGGAUGAUGUGUACUACAAGUGCCCUAAUCAUUUCACGACGAACAAAAGCACUUGCCCAUACUACUGGUAUGAGCAACCCUAUCUAGAGUACUUGCGCUCCAAUCACCCUGAGUUGCUGAAUCCGGCUAGUGCAGCAGAAGUGGAAUCAGCUGCAGAAAUCGUUGCAGAAGAGGUCAAUGGCGACCUGAACCUCCAGAUGUAUCAGUUGAAGCUUGAGUUGAAUGAGAUGAAGGGCAAGCUUGGUGAAGUGAUGCUGGAGAUCCAAGAAACAAAGAAGGAGAUGAAGGAAGCAAAGAACGAGAUCAAGGAAGAGAUUGCUAAAGGAAACAAGGCUGCACCAGUGUUUAGUUGUCAGAUUAGUUAGGUCUAGGGAAGUGUCUGUUAUCAGCAUGUACUGAACCUAUGUUAGCAGAAUGGAAGUGAAUGGAACCAGUGUUAUAACAAGAUG